AUGACUCAAGCAGUGUUAUCGGUUGAUCCCCCAUGCCUGUGGAAGCCCUCAAACCCAGAAAAUACAGAGAUGGAACGCUUCCGUAAGCAUGUGAAUUCACGGUUUAAUCUUUCACUUGAGGAUUACCAGGCCCUUUGGCGGUGGUCUACAAGCUCGGUGUGUGAUUUUUGGUCCACGGUGUGGGAUUAUACCAAUGUGAUAUCAUCUACGCGUGCAACUCAAGUCCUUGACACCAACGUGCCUAUGGAUGAGGUUCCAGAAUGGUUCAAAGGAGCACGUCUCAACUUUGCCGAAAACUUGUUGUGGUGCCGUGACCCAGAGCGUAUCGCCAUUAAGGCCACUGGUGAAGGACAAUCAUCUGUGCGCAAUAUCAGCUAUGCUGAGUUGUAUGACCAAGUACGAUUGUGUGCAACAGCCAUGAAACAAGCAGGUGUAGGUGUGGGUGAUCGUGUGGCUGCCUAUAUUCCCAAUUGCCCUGAGGCAGUUAUUGCCAUGCUUGCUGCUACCAGCUUGGGUGCUAUUUGGAGUUCGACAUCCCCCGAUUUUGGUACCACAGGUGUGCUCGAUCGAUUUGCACAAAUCAAGCCAAAGUUGCUCAUCUCCGUCAACGGCGUUGUAUACAAUGGUAAACGCCUUGAUCAUCUUGCCAAGGUGAAACCUGUUGUGGAAGGUCUCAAGGAUUCUGUUACCAAGGUGGUGAUGAUUCCCUUUGUCAAGGAUAUGCCCUCUGAAUUGGAAGGAUCGGUUGCCUGGGAUGAUUUCUUAAAUGUCAAGGAUACCGCUCCCAAGGAGAUUGAAUUUGAACAAUUGCCAUUCAACCACCCCGCAUUCAUCUUGUUCAGCUCUGGUACCACUGGUUUGCCAAAGUGUAUUGUUCAUUCAGGAUCAGGUCUAUUGUUGCAAUUGAAGAAGGAGCAUGUCAUUCAUGGCGACAUGAAGCCUGAUGAUGUCUUUUUCUAUUACACCACCACCGGCUGGAUGAUGUGGAAUUGGCUCAUGGCUGGCCUUGCUGUUGGAUGCACCAUUGUACUAUGGGAUGGAAGUCCAUUCAAGCCUGCACCCAUCUCAUUGUGGAAAAUGGUUGAUGAUCUUGGCAUUACCCACUUUGGUACAUCAGCCAAGUAUUUGCAAGCGCUUCAAGAUGCCAAGGUUCAUCCUAAGGAUGAAUGCAAGCUAGAUACAUUGAAAGCCAUCUAUUCAACCGCUUCACCACUCAAGCCUGAAAGCUUCGAGUUUUGCUAUGAGCACAUCAAGAGCGAUAUGGUAUUGGGCAGCAUCACCGGAGGCACCGAUAUUUGCUCCUUGUUUGGAGCCCACAAUACAGCUCUACCAGUAUAUCGUGGAGAGAUCCAAUGUCUUGGUCUUGGUAUGAAGAUCGAAUCAUGGAAGGAUAGCAACACACCCGUAUUUGCGGAGUCAGGUGAUUUGGUAUGCACAGUACCCUUCCCAUGCAUGCCGGUGUAUAUGUAUGGUGACGAUGAAGCACGAUCCAAAUACAAGAACGCAUACUUUGGCAUGUAUGAUCAUGUAUGGUACCAUGGUGAUUAUGUAUGGCUCAACCCACGCACUGGUGGUGUGGUCAUGUUGGGUCGUUCGGAUGGCACUCUCAACCCAAGCGGUGUGCGCUUCGGUAGUGCUGAAAUCUAUAAUGUCGUUGACCGCUUUGAAGAUAUCGAAGACACUCUUUGCGUUGGACAAAAGAUGAAGGACCAAGAUGAUGAGCGUGUUGUCCUCUUUUGCAAAAUGAAGGAGGGCAAGGAAUUGAACGAUGACUUGAUCAAGACCAUCAAGACCAAAAUCCGUGCCGAAUUGAGUCCACGACAUGUACCAGCCUUUGUGCUACCCAUUGCUGACAUUCCUUAUACAAUCAAUGGAAAGAAGGUCGAGGUGGCUGUCAAGAAGAUAAUAUCCGGACAAAAGGUGACUCCCACUGGCACAUUGGCCAACCCAGAGUCACUUGAGCUUUACUAUGAUAUUCCUGCGCUGGUCCAGUAA